GGACUCUCUAUACUUACUAACAUUUUAUGCCAUGUCCCAACCUAUCAUCUUAUCUACUACUCUGCUAUUCGUAGCAACCUUUACGUAUGUGUGCCAAAAGAUCCACUUUCGUCGCCGUCAAUAUUCCGAUCUGCCGCAGCUAAAGCGAUCAGCGGUCUUGGGACAUUUGGGAGCACUAAAUCAAUUUAUCACUAGUGGUGAACCCCAGAGACACAUUGAUAUUGUGUUCUCAGCGAUCUAUGAGCACUUGGGCAAACCUCCAUUGUUCCUUCUAGAUCUCUGGCCAUUGGGACGGCCCAUGUGUGUGGUCUGUAGCCAUGAAGUCGCAGAGCAAAUCUCAAGGCAGUCCAGAACGUUUCCUUAUAGUGUCCCGAAAUCGCCCACGACGAAGGCAUUUGUUGACUUGAUCGGGCCAAAAUCAAUCAUUACUGCUGAGGGGCAUGAGUGGCGAGACCUGCGUGCGAGACUUAAUCCCGGCUUCUCAACGGGGAAUCUAAUGGCGUUGCUCCCAUGUAUGGUGGAAAAGACGUUACUCUUCGUUGAUAUACUCGACCAAUACGGUGCAUCGGGCGAGCAUUUCAUGCUGAAUGAGCUGUGUACCAACUUGACCUUUGACAUCAUCGGUGCGGUGACUAUGGGGGUCAACUUAUGUGCCCAACUCGGAGAGGAUCGCCAAAGUGAAAUAGUCAAAAUUUUCAAAGAACUCGGCUCUACAUAUAACAGUCACAGGGGCAUCUGGGCCGCGCCGCUAGUUAGGCUACGCCGACGAAAGCUGGCCCGCAAAUUGAAUGUCCUUCUUCGAGGUUUUAUUUCUGAGACAUUUGAAGAGGCGAAAAGAACCUCUCAGACCAAUGCGACGGCACGUCUGGGGUCGUUCAGCAUUCUGACACUGAUCCUGCAAGAUGCAAAUGAACUGACACCAGCUAUUAUGGAUCGGACCUGUGACCAACUCAAAUCUUUCCUUUUCGCGGGCCAUGAUACGACCAGUAUUCUGCUACAGUGGGCCUUAUAUGAACUCAGCCGAACUCCCAGGGCAUUGAAUGCGGUCCGGCGUGAGCUCGAUUAUAUUUUUGGACCAGAUACCUCCCCCAGAUCUGUGGGCAAUAUCCUGCUGUCGGAGGAUGGUAAAGCCCUGCUUUCUAAAAUGCGGUACACCUCCGCUGUCAUUAAAGAAACACUCCGCCUCUACCCCCCGUCUGGGAGCGCGCGAUACGCUGAACGAGGACCGGGGCUCACAUUGAGGCUGCCGAAUGGGAGAGUUUGCUGCGUGGACGGAUUGGUCCUAUAUAAUUGUGCGACAAUCAUUCAACGAGAUGAGACCGUGUACGGCGAGUCCAAGGACGAGUUUGCACCAGAGCGCUGGUUGCAAGAUGAUGAAUUGAAUAUGCACUUGAGUCAAAACGAAUAUCAUGAUCGUUACCACGAGGCAAGAUUUGUUGGACCACCAAGCGCCUGGCGCCCUUUUGAACGAGGUCCACGCAAUUGCAUUGGGCAAGAAUUGGCCAUGAUAGAGGCUCGUCUGAUCCUGGCGUCAGUGGUCAGGCGGUAUGACUUUGCCAAAGUGGGACUCGGGGAGAUCGCCAUGGAUGAAAAUGGGCAGCCAACUCUUAAUUCUCAUGGCCAGUAUGAGACCAAAUCCAAGCUCUACAAUGUAAUUAUAUCACUUCCUGUACCUCGACCUGCAUUCGCAUUUUGUUGGCUGACUUCUUCCGUGAAAGACAUUACAGGUAACAGCAAAACCCAUCGAUGGGAUGAAAAUGAAAGCGAGGCUAAGCGCAAGAGCGUCUGAGGAAUAUAGAUAAACUGACAGUUUCGACCC